UACAUAAGGUUGCCCAAUUUUCUCGAUAUAUACAUGCGAUAAAUUCAAAGACCUCAUUCCGCCCAUAAAUACAUCGUUUUCUCAUUCAGCACCCAAUUAUUAUCAUUACUCUUCACAAUUCUCCUAAAGAUUCCUUCAUCUUAAUCGCCGAUUGAAGAAGAAACCGACGUUCGAUUGCCGUUUCAUUCAAGCAAACCGAACGAACGAUUCGAUUAUUAUUAUCAUUAUAUAACCUCAAAUCACUAUGAAUUCUUCAUCAUCUUCGCGUAGGAUUGUUUGAUCUGAGAUCUAGAUAGAUCGUUUGUUAAAGCAUAUAGAUCUGUCGCUUUUGUUAACUUUUGCUUGAAGAUUGACGACGGUUAUUUGUUCGAAUCAGUUACAGGAUAAAGGAGGCGUUGUGUUUUAGGUUUUUUGAUCGGAAGAUUGAAGAUUCAAUACAGAAGGUGAUAAUAGAAUGGACCUGGAUCUCGUUAAGUUUAUCAACUCAGACCUCACAUGGAAGGCUGUUAAAAAGGGCCAUAGGAGUAUGGUGAGGCACCCCAGGAGGACUGUGGCUGAUAAAAAGUCGCAUGACUCGGUUGUUUUUGAUUAUGAAAAGUCUGGUGUAGCCGUUCUCGGUCAACACUUUGCUGAGGAAAUACUCGAUGUCCCGAUUAAGAAAAGAAUACUUCUACUUCAGGCUCCUGGUCAAGGGGAUCGGUCACCUCAACCCCAGACUCCAUCCCCCCAUCAUGAGCCGCCCAGAAGCAGUGAACACGCGUCGGAGAAACCUGUUUUAGAUUUGAAUGACUUUUCUGGUAUCGAACUUCUUGCUGCAGCUGCAUGCCAUAGCUCCGGUCAAGUGGAGUCUUCUGCAGUGGAAGAACACUCGAUACCAAGAGUUGAGUCGUAUUCUGAUGCUCUAAAACAGGAUAUUAGUCCAGUCGACUCGAACGUUUCUUCAGUUCAAGAUAACACAAAGUCUUGUGAUGAUGGGAUUGAUGAGAGUGAUAAAAGCUCUGUUCCUUCAAAGGUUGUUCGGCUGCAUUGGGAUUUGAAUACUGUGAUGGAUGAGUGGGAAGAACCUUGUGAUAUUCAUGUUGAUCCUCUUUCCAAAAAUAGUUAUUCAAAAGACGUUAGUAAUGAUGGUUUGCAGAUUGAAACUACGAAAUCUCAAGUUACAGAGAUUGUUGGCGUUCAAGUAAACAGUGAUGCCGGUUUUUCGGGGAAAAAACAUGACGCCGAGAGUUGUAUAAGUAAAUCAGAUGUAGUCGAUUCAUUUGUUAAUCCUGCCGCAUGUGAAAAAGUUUCUACUUCAACUGCUUCGGUUUCACUAGAGGAAAUCACAAUAAAGGUUGGAUCUGAUGAUAAACAGGCUGUUGAUAAACUUACUUCAGAAGAUCAUCUCAGUGAUUGUUGUGGAUCAAAUGUUUCUCAAGAUAAAGUUAAAUCAGGCUAUGAUUCACCUGUUGAAGACGGCGAGUUAAGAGAGCCCGCUACACACUCCUGGGAGAAAGAAGAAUCGGAAGAAUUGGAAUGUGUUGAUUACGAGUCAGAUAAUAUGUACGAAGAUAACUUUGAUGCUAUUGAAUCAGUUACAAACGAAGUUAUUGAUGAACAUCCCGAAACCAUCGAAGCAUCAGUUUCAGUACAGAAUAACGACCUUGAGGUUCAAGGUGAUAAAGCAGAUGCCUCAGGCCCUAAGCAUUCUCAACCUGUUACAUUAGUAGAAAAAGAUUCUAUCUCAAAAACGUUUAUCCCCGAGAGGAAAAACAUACCGUCUAUGGAUAUACCAAUGUCAACGUCUUGCAUACGUCGUAGCAGAUCUGAGAGGGACUUUGACCAAGAAAAGCUCACGGGACGCGAAGGACCGUCUUAUCAUCGUGGUGGUCAAUGGGUUGACUCUUUUUCACGAAAUAAGCAUGGAUCGGGUGGAUACCCGAGGCCAAAAAAUAUAAGGUCUGAUGAAGCUAUAAAUUAUAAUCCAAGGGGCGUUUACAGAAACGAAUCAUACGGUAUUCACAGUGGAGCGCCACCAUCAAGGGACAUAAGCCGUGACAGAUCUAGGGUUGGAUUAAGAAGAGCUCCUCAAGAAGAAUACAAUAAUCCCGACCCAUACUAUUCUGAAAGAAAAACCCAGUUUCUUGCUUCUAAUUCUUCUAAUUUUAAUCGUGGUGCUAAUCUUUCUCGAUCUCAAAAACAAUCGCGGUCAAGAUCUCGAUCCGGGUCUCCUAUAGCAUGGCAUUUUCAGAAAAAAACAAAAGUGGAUACAAAACGGCAAAGCCCAGAUUAUAAGCCUGAUACAAGAUUCCCGUUUCGGAAGCCCAGUGAAACUGAAGCUGGCCUCGUUUCUCAGACAACUGGUCGCGUUAUCAGAAGGUUUGAUGACCGGAACGUUAUCGGUGGGCAAUAUAGAGAGAGAAGAACAUCACCUGUCCGAAUGUGUCACCGAACCUACCAAAGGCAUGACCAGCCUGGAUAUGUUGGAAAAUUGAAGCCAGAUGAUCAUUUUGGCCCAAGGCUUCCACCCAAUGGUAAUUAUAGCGGUAUCCGUGAUGAAAAAUAUGGAAUGAUGAAUGAGAGAAGGCGUUUUAGGUAUGCCGAUGAGGAUAACGGCUUCAGAUACACACGUACUGACAAUAAGUGUUUUAGAGAUCCAAAGUAUACAAGUGAGGAGAAAGGUUGUAGAUACACCACUAACAAGAUGUUCAACACCGGCGAAGGGCAUUUUCGUAAAGAUAAUUAGCAAAGGAAGUUAUGACUUCUUUUGGUUUUAUGUUAGGUCUGCAUUAGUUUAUGUCAGUUUGACAAAGGGAUUAUUAGUUGGUACAUAGGAGAUUUUUGAGUCUGUAAUCCCUUUGUUUUUUUUUUUUUUUAAAUUUUAUUUAUAGACUUUUUAUUUAAUACAACUUUCAACAUAACUUGUUAGGGUUUUGUUUUUAAA